AUGCAGUGCAGGGAAGAGACCUUUGUGCAGGGCUUCAAAGAGUCGAGGAAGGCAGCGGAUGCUGCGAGGAAGCUGGAGUCAAAGCUGGCUGACAGCGAUGAAUCGAUGUCGCUCGCCCAGGACCUGCACCUCUGGACACACCAGAAGCUCGUCUUGGCGGUGAAGUUAUACCGCGUCAUGCGGUCUGAGAUGGAGGCCGCGCUCAGCAACCAGGCGGUCGUCAUUGAGAGCCAUCUCGCAUGCCUGCAAGACUGCCAGAUUCUGGAGUUCAAGCUGCAGCAGCAGGAGCAGGCCUUCAGCGAGCAGUACGGGCAGCUGGCGCAGGCAGCAAGGGACGCGGUGGAUGCCAAGGAUGCUGAGCUGGCGACAGCUCACCAGUCCCUGCAGGACGCCACCUGGCACGCUGAGACGUUGCGCAUGCAGCUGCAGCAGCAUCUGGCUGAUACCCCUGCACGAGCAUGGCAGUAG